UUCGAUAAUAUAAAAAAACAACCAAAAUGGCGACAUAUUGCACAAUCAAGAAAUUUUGAAAUACCUACUAAGUAGUACGGUAUAAAGAUGAAUAUCUAUGCAAAAAAUUCAGUACAAAUAAUAAGUUUCGCGUACUUUGCGAAAAGAAACAAUGGCUUCAAGAUGCACCUCACGAAAACCGACUCCGGAUAUUCGUCCCCAGGCGAUUCGUACCAAUUUACCAACAGAAAAGUCAGACUCAGAAUCUGUGAUACGAACAGUUAACCUUACAGAAUUGCCUGAUGUAGUGUUAUUUGCAGUGUUUAGCCACUGUACUACUGAAACGCUCGGGAAAAUAUGUCAGGUUUGCAAGAGAUUGCAGAAGUUGGUUUAUUGUGAUAUUGUUUGGGCCAAAUUUGCUAAACAAGCUUUGAUGAUAUAUGCCUCAGGAAGAAAGUCCAAAUGGAAAGUGACCUGUCUCCAUGAACAUUGUCGGUUAUCUACACACUGGGUGAGAAAGCAGUGCACAGAAUUUAUACUUGCCAGGAACAGUUCAAGAUUGUUGCCAUGGAUGCAAAUGGACCAAGACAAACUGUGGGUCUCAUCAAAACACCUCAUUCGUUCCUACAAUCUUCACGUGCGUGGCCUGCCGAAAAAAGCUAAGAAACAUGUACUGGCUCUUCCCAAUACCCAGGAUGUGACAAGGUUUGCAGUGAAAGACAAUGUUGUGGUGUCAGGCUGCAGGGAUGGCAGUGUAUACAUGUUUGAGGGUGGAAGGUGUGUCAAGGCAUUCUACAAGCUGCACGAAACUGACGCCCAGGCCGUAGACUUUCACAACAAUAUUCUGGUAUCUGGAUCCAGAGACAAAACUGUGAAGAUCGUCUCCCUUGGAAAUGAAGUGUCACAUGAUCAUCACCAGCCAAUCAGAGCUGUCAUCAACCUGAGAGAGAGGGUCUGGUCAUUGGCUAUACAACCAGCAGGAGGAAGUUUCACUGUAGGCACUGCAGGAGUUCGUGGCACCCCAUCUCUGUCUGUCUGGGACCUGCACAGUGAAUCACUGCUGCACACUCUGGGUGAUUACCGCUAUGGUGCUGGUGUGCUGGACAUGAAGUACGAGGAUGACCACUGCCUCCUCUCCUGUGGCUAUGACGCCUGUCUCAGGCUCUGGGACCUGAGGACUGGGAAAUGCGUCAAUGAAUGGACGGAGCCUUACGACUCCACCCUGUACUGCGUCCAGACAGACAGCAACGUUGCCAUGGUUACCGGCACUGCUCAGCACGGAAUGGUGCGACUUUGGGACAAGAGGACCAAUGUGCCAGUCCAGGAGUAUUUCUUUGGCCAAAAGAGUCCCGUGUAUUCUCUGGCAUUUGACUCGAGGCGGAUCUAUGCUGCCCUGGAUUUGAGCACCAACUACAAAGACUUCACUGACAUGCAGAAAUGAAACAGACCUCAGGAAUAAAAACCUUUGUCGAUGUUAUUAUAUAUUCCCUCUCAAAAGCAACAGAGUGUGGCUUAAAAUAAUUCCAACAAAAAGAAGACAUUUUUAUGCCCCUGGAUCGAAAGAUCGGGGGUAUAUUGUUUUUGGCCUGUCUGUCAUUUUAUGUGUGUGUGUGUGUGUGUCCCAAAACUUUAACCUUCUUCAUAACUUUUGCAAUAUUGAACAUAGCAACUUGAUAUUUGGCAUGCAUGUGUAUCUCAUGGAGCUGCACAUUUUGAGUGGUGAAAGGUCAAGGUCAUCCUUCAAGGUCAAAGGUCACAAAAUAAUUACAAAACUUAAACCAAAACAUUAACCUUCUUCAUAACUUUUGAAAUAUUGAACGUAGCAACUUGAUAUUUGGCAUGCAUGUGUAUCUCAUGGAGCUGCACAUUUUGAGUGGUGAAAGGUCAAGAUCAUCCUUCAAGGUCAAAGGUAACCAAAAAAAUCAAAGCGGCGCAUUAGGGGGCAUUGUGUUUCUGACAAACACAUCUCUUGUUUAAGAAUGGUGAUUGAAAUUCUUGUGAAUAAUAAUAUUACCAUUACUUUCAUAUAACUGAUCUUAAAAUUUGUCAGUUCCAUAAAAUCACACUGAUAUUAA